AUGAGGUGCCUCCAGGUUGUUGGGAAAAUACAGUAAUCGAAAAAUCAAUUAAGAAAUCGGAAGAAAAUCGAAGAAAAAUUGGGAAAAAUCUAAAAAUUCUUUUAAAGGUCGUGUACUUUACCUGCUUACCAUCAAAAGCUUGCAGGACAUAGAGGAGGCCUAGUUAUUAAUCGAUCAAUAGUAUAUAUAUCAGUGGUAUAUACAUAUAUCAGCUCCAUUGAUCAAUAGUGUAAUAGUCAAUACAUCUAUGAUAGUGCUCAGUGUGAAGUCUGAAUUCGUAGGCUCAAGAAGUGUACGGUACGUGGUCAGUAGCUUUGUUCAGCAGGGUUUUUUAUUUCUUGCUUUCAUUUUGUGUUAUCAUAAUCUGAAAUACCAUGUCACGCAUUGCAGUGGUAACUGGAGGAAAUAAGGGUAUAGGUUUUGCCAUCGUCAAAGGUCUCUCCAAGCAGUUUGAUGGGAUAGUUUACUUAACUGCCCGAAACACAGAGCUUGGAAAUGCUGCUGUAGAAGAGCUGAAGAAUACUGGUCAUCAUGUGAAAUUCCAUCAACUUGAUGUUACAGAUGAUACCAGUGUUGAGAUUUUCAAGAAAUACAUCAUAGAUACUCAUGGAGGAAUAGACAUCCUCGUGAACAAUGCUGCUAUUGCUUUCAAGACUACUGCGACAGAACCGUUCGAAGUACAAGCAGCUGAAACGAUUAGAGUCAACUAUUUUGGCUUGUUGAGAGUCUCCAAAGCCCUUUUCCCUCUGCUCAAACCUCAUGCUAGGGUGGUACAAAUUUCUAGUAGCGCAGGCCACCUUGUCCAGAUACCAGGAACAGAUCUAAAAGCUCAGUUCUCCGACCCAGGACUCACAGAGGCACAGCUGACCCAGUUAAUGAAUCAAUUUGUUGAAGCUGCAAAAACGGGUUCGCACAAAGCUGCAGGUUGGCCAAAUAGCGCUUAUAUGGCGAGCAAAGUUGGAGUUUCCGCUCUAACUCGUAUUCAACAAAGAGAAUUGGACGCAGAUCCAAGAGAAGAUAUCGCUGUGAACUCUGUGCAUCCAGGAUACGUGGACACUGAUAUGACGAGUCACAAGGGACCACUCACCCCCGACAGAGGAGCAGAAGCUCCGAUUUAUCUUGCAUUAUUGCCCAAAGAUACUCAAAUCAAAGGGAAAUAUGUCUGGCACGAUAAAACUCUCGUCGAUUGGGUCAAAGACGAAUUGCCAGCUCCCUAUUAGUCACCGAUCAUAUUAUUUUGACUAAACUCAGCAACUUUUUCAAUGUUCUUUUCACAUAUAACAUAUUCCAGAGGGUGAGGGUAGCUUGAAUAUCUUGCAAUAUUGUAAACUUGUAUGUAAAAUUGUGCAAUCAAUUACAAUCUAUUCAAUGGUUA